ACAGAGGCAGACAAGGCAACCUCAUGCUCCCCAUUUCAAGCCCAUUUCAAAAACAUUUAUAGCAACAAUUGCACGAAUACAGCAAAGGGGAAACAAGGCUUAAUAUUCUCUAUGACUUGUGAGAUAAUACUGGUUCAUCUAUUUAAUUAUCCACAGAACUCUUUCCAGGGAUGUCCACUCUACCUCUGGACACUGAUCUGAACUGUGUUCCAGUCACCGCUCUGGACCAAGCUGAAGAUGUAGCCAGUCACUCACCUGAGUCUUCGACCCAGGCCAGAAGGCGGCCAUGUGGGCAUGUGAAGCUUUCUCGCAGCCUCUCCAAGUCAGAUUCAGACUUACUGAUUUCCCAUGAAGAGGAUGUGACUCUGAGUGAAAGGACCAAAUCGCUGAUCAAGUGCACGAUGGAGAGGACACACCUAGAUCGACUGUCCUCACUUACUGCUGAUUGGGAAGAGAUUGAGAAGAUCAUGACAUUAAUUGACAGCGACAUUGAACUCUCCAAGGAGCACCAACCAGCAGCAGAUGCUGCAGGAAGCCGGGUACUGGAGCAGUCAGUGGGGGAAUGGCUGGAACACGUGGGCUUUCCUCAGUAUGAGAGUAAGCUGCUACUAAAUGGAUUUGAUGACCUGCGCUUCAUGGGCAGUAAUGUAAUGGAAGAUGAAGACCUUAGAGAAAUUGGUAUCACAGACCCAGGUCACAGGAAGAAAAUUCUUCAUGCAGCAAAGAGUCUACCAAAGGUGAAAGCUCUCGGUUGCGAUGGCAGUACCUCGCUGGCCUCUUGGUUGGACAAUCUAGGUCUUGGGGAGUAUCUCCACAACUUUCUGUCCAGUGGCUAUCGCACACUUGAAUGUGUGAAGAAUCUGUGGGAGCUGGAGAUUGUCAAUGUGUUAAAAAUUGGCCUUCUUGGCCACAGGAAGAGAAUAAUUGCUUCCAUUGCAGAGCGACCCUAUGAGGAAGCACCUUCAAAGUCCAACCACUUCUCCCAGCUUAAGAUUCAAGACCUCUUAUCUCAAAACCCAGCGCCUCUUGGUUACAUGGACCCUUAUACGAGUCGCUCCAUGGACACGCUACUGCCACUAGGGGAUUAUGGAAGGAGAGGCAGGGAUCAGGAGUGCAGUGUCUCACUCCGAUCUUACAAUGAGAGACCACGCUCACAUGACCGGCAUACAGAUCGACACAAGGAAUCCCGACGAGCCCAGAGCCAGUCUGCUACGUAUACCACUGUUUCCACAUGGCACCACCAUCCUGAGAAGCUCAUCACAGAGGCUUGUUGCUAUGAAGCUAGUUAUCUCGGGUCUGUGAUAAUCAAAGAUCUCAGAGGUAUUGAAUCUACACAGGAAGCCUGUGCAAGAAUAAGGAAAUCGAAGGACCACCGGAAAGGCCCUGUCAUAAUUCUCUCCAUCACCUAUAGAGGAGUCAAGUUCAUUGAUGCAGCCUCUAAGGCUAUCGUGGCAGAGCAUGAGAUCCAGAACAUCUCCUGUGCGGCUCAGGAUCCUGAUGAACUUCGCACUUUUGCAUACAUUACAAAAGACCUAAAGUCGGGGAACCACUUCUGCCAUGUUUUCACUACAGUUGAAGUGACACAAACCUAUGAGAUCAUCUUGACUCUGGGGCAGGCGUUUGAAGUGGCCUAUCAGAUGGCUCUUCAGGCACAGAAGGCCCGACGCCACAGUUCCUACAGUGGGGCAAACUUGGAGAUUAUUGAAACCAAGAGCAGCAGGCCAGUCUCAUCUCGCAACAGCAUGCGCCGCACAAUGGGUGCCCCUGUGCCUGAAUGUCGCUGCUGCUACUGUCACACCUGUUCUGCCCAUCGCCCCUCCUACCUCCCGCUGCCCUCUAUCAGCCCUGGAGUUCAGAUGGAGCCCAUCGAGCAGGAGACAGACGUGCAGUCCUUGGGCAGCAGCUGGCACUUUGACCCUCGUGACCCCUCCAGGCCGGCCUGCAGUGCCAAGUACGAGACCACCAUAUUCUGAAGCGGGGACAACAGUCCUAACCAGCUGCCCUGUUAAGCCACUUGCCCCCUGAGAGAACUGUAGUGCCCUGUGCCUUCUCACUGUGAAUUGUAGCUUCCCUCAGGGCAAGAUCUGCUCCCUGAUCUCUCUCUCUCUCUCUCGCUCUCUCUCUCGCCCUACAACUCACCUGUGUAGUUUUCUUGGAGAGCCAGCUGCCAUCUUCUCCAUUUUGAAUUUCUGUCUAGAUUUCCUGGACACUGCCCUCCAGUUGCCAUUCUUGAAAUCUCUGUGCAGCCCUGACUUUUCAGACACUUUCUUUUUGUAUCACAAUGCUGAAUGUUAACAUCUCAUAUCAAAGGAUUUUGCCUCUGUGAAGCCUCUGAGCACAAUCUGAAGUGUAGCUGUUAUCAAGUCUUGUAGUUAAGAUAGCUGUACCAUCUAGAUAUUGAUGCUUUUUUUUGAGAGACAUAAACCAGGCAACAUUAUUGCACACAACAUUUCUGUUUGGAACAGCAAUACUGUCAGUGCCACUGUCAAACAUAAUUUCAAACACACAGUUCAUCACCACUGUAGAUGCAAAUGUGUAGCAAAUUCCUUGCAUUCUGCACCCAAGCACGAUAUCUGUCUCCACCUCCACUGCUGAUUAUUUCUAGCUUGCCCCAUAUUUCUGUAGCACUUAUUUCUACACCACUGCACAGUUCACUGUUCACAAUUCUCACCCAGUGCUUCCUCAACUCCUACCUUCCUUUGUCCUACUGGAAAACAUACAAAUGUCAACACACAUGUUCAGUUCCAGUUUUGCAUAAAACAUAGCUUGGGAUUAGAAAUGCAAUAAUAAAGAUGGAAACAGGUCAGAGGCCUGAUAAAGUUCAAAUGCACAGCACAAAUAUGAGGCCCGAUUCCCCAGUUAUGGUCCUCUGUUUUUUAUAUAUAAAUCAUGAUGAUGUUGUGGGUUGCAUUAAUAAUCAUUGUUCUUCCUCCUUACUUUAGCAUAUAUGUGGCACCACCAGGGCUAUGACUAAGUGUGAUAAAUUGCAGCAUGAAUCUGAAUGACUUACGGUUUGAAACCCUAAGCAGUUUUGUAUUUGUAUUCGUACAUUGUAACAUCACUUAGUAAAUACAGCAUUUGUGCAUAUGUGUUCAUGCUUUUUUAAUUGUUGCUUGUUUUUAUUACCUGCUUAGCUCAAUUUGAGGUGGUGUAAACAAAUCAAAUAUUUCAGAAUUCAGUGGUUUAAGCUUAAAUUCAGUUUAUUCAUGAACGAAUGAAUGAAAUUAUAUAGCACAUGAAAAACUGGAGCAGUGAAAGAAAGGGGCCAAGAGAUCAAUGUCCCUUACAGUUUUAAUGUGGGCCCUUACAGGCCUUAAUGUGACUGGAAUAGGAUUCAGUUCAGAUUUACUGGAUAAUUUUUAGUCCAAAGCAGGCUCGAGUUAAGAAAUUAACUUUUACAUCUUGUGACUGAUUUCAUCAGGCCAGAACUUUAAAAUGAAUGAAUAACACAAAUCUAGUCGCCUUGAUUCACUCCUAUUACAUUAUUCCAAUUUACAUGGAUGGCAGAAAAAACCUUUACAUGUUUAUGCUUCUUUGAAAAGAAACAUGCCAGCAGAUUGUUUCAUUAAACUCUUUUUUACAAGAAGCUUUUAAUACGCAAGUUACGCAUCAUAAUUCAAGUUUAUUUCCUGUUGUGAAUGCUCUGUGUGUGUUGGGCUGUUUUUCAUGCUCAAGUUUGUCUCUGCUUGUUCCUAAAGUAGACUGUUAAAACUGAGUUUCUUCAUAAACGUGUUACAUAACCUCAAAUCCAUGGUCAUUACAUUCACAUGGCUCAUCAACCACCAAAAUCUUGACACUGUUGGGUUGCUUUCAUUUCCUAAUAUGCCUCUCACAAACCAGUGCAGUCCAUCACGUUACAUUCUGUCUUAUCAAUGUGUUCAUGUAAAUAUUUUUGUGUGUUAGAACUGUACUGUUAAAUACAUGGCCAUAAGUUAGACACUUAAAAAGCAUUCAUUUAGAUACCCAAGGAUAAAUUCCUAAAUUCUGAAAUCAAAUAUAUUUUUUCCUGUGUAGCUGACUCCACCGUUCAAGUUUCCGGACACCAAGGUGUGAAUAGAAGUGGAAAUCAGGUGAAUCAUAACGAGUGAGUGAAUGAGAGAACAAGACGUGUCAAUCAUUCAGUGGCAGAGAAAUGCAGCACAUGGAGAUUGAUCCAGUACUGUGCGAUUACGCCUAUGAUGAGUUUAGACAAAGUCGCAAUGAGGAUUUGAGCAUUUGCUUGUGAGGUGGGUCUGUGCGUACAACAGCCACAGCAUGCUAGUCUUUUAUAUGUUCGAAUAAACAUACUGUUUACUUGACUAUUUAAUAACAGGCAUAUAGGAAAUUUGGAGAAACUGGAAUAGGAUCUUUGUAUUUAGCUCUGUGUGGUAAAUUCUAAUUCCUUAACAUGGGAUUUAUUAAGCUAUAGGGAACAUCCAGACUGAGAACAGAAAAAUAUGUUCCUUUAGGCUUUAUACUCGAGACUCGCACGACGACAAAGAGGCGAGGAUUUGUUUGCUUUAAGAAUUGCUUAAGAGAAGUGAGGCAAAAAGUAUUGAAAAUGUUAAGAGUAGGUCUGUAAAUGUACACAUGAAUCAGAGCUGUCUGGCAAAUGCGAUUCAGAAUGAACACUGUGCAACCCCAUCUAGAAAAUGGCUUUACCUAGAGGUACUCAACUUUAAUCACACUGUGAAAUGACAAAAAAAAAACAAAAAAAACAAAAAACAUUUACCUUAGCAUUGUUACUCAUUCCUGAUGUGAUGGGACUUAAAAAAAAAAAAACACAUGUCCCUCACUGCAUAAAUCACUUACAUUUUCUGUAUAUCGCUUGCACUUUAUUUUUGUUUGCACUGAGUAUUUGGAUAUGAUGUCAAGAUAGACUUGCCAAAUGCUGUAGCAUUUAUAUCCUUGAAUUAAACAACCAAGUCUAUUUUGGGACUAACCUAAAAUGUUAUAUAAUAUGUUCAGAAUUCUUUCAUUUAGUUGUAACAUCAAUAUAAAUGACCUAAUAAAAUGUAAUUACUUUUUCCGUGU